GUGGCGUCGACGUCACACGUCGUUAGCACUCUGGACCGUGAGGAACUCUGUCGCGCGUGCCACCUGUUAAAAGCGCCCGUCCAGGUAUCGUAAUCCACGACCACCGUAAUCGCCAACCACCACCACCACCGACUGUCGUCGCAACCGCGGACUUUAAUUCUCUCCCCGUCAGUUCGGUUUAAACGUUGGUCCCCCACGUCGACGUAAACGUCGGCGGCUCGGUUGAAGCCGGAAGUCGUCGGCGAAAUCGCCCCCUCGCGCCUCCGCGUCUCUCCGCGAGAAGAGAGGAAUUUCGCUCUUCGCGCGUUUUUCGCUCUUUCGGCGCGGCGACCAGUUGCGGAAAAGGUACUCCGCUCGAGGGAUUUUAUCCGGGCCCGGGAUCUCCCACGGAAGCUCUGUGAAUUCAACAAAUGAACGAUAUUAAUUUACAUUCUUCCUGCACGAUGAUACUGCUUGGUAUCUUGGCGUCGACGACGAUAAUCGGCCUCACAAGUUCCGCUCCUUUAUCGUCGUACGAAAGAAGGGACGUGUCGGACGAGCGUCCUAAAAUUUUCCUGUUGAUCGAUCGAAGAAUACCAGAAUUGGAGGACGAGAUGCUGAAUUCGGAGAACGAUCUCGGAUCAGACGUGAUGCGCACUAAGAGAAUUGGAUCUCUGUCGAUUGUGAACAAUUUGGACGUGCUGAGGCAGAGAGUUCUGCUGGAGCUGGCACGUAGAAAGGCAUUGCAAGAUCAACGGCAGGUCGACGAAAAUCGUCGCUUCCUCGAGACUAUCGGCAAGAGAUCGGUAUCGGACGCCAACAGAAUUGUGAGAUCUGGCGUAAAGAAUAAUCGCGAACGAUCUACAGCAUCCAGUAGGAACGAAUGGAUCGAGCAGAAUCCCUUGUUCCACAAGUCGCAAGAUGAUCGGACGGUACAGGCUAAUGAGCUUCGCCUGCUGUAAUCGCGCCUCGGCAUGCGAAGAAAAACUCCAGAUCCGAUAUAUCUUAGCUUUACGAUAUGCGAUUUUAAAUCAUUCAAUCAUUAAGUUAUUUUGUCAACUUUCUUCUUUCCGCUUUGCCUAUUCUCGUUUAGCAGAUAGUCCGAGUUCCGCCAGCCAUGGCUGGCAAUAUGAAUGUUAAAAAAUUGCUGACUUUAACAAUCGAUAACAAACGCGGGCCUGCUACAUCCCUUCCUCUCCCUAAUGAAUUCGAUCGAGAAAUCCCGAAACGUUUCGCACAGUAUUCACUCUCCCUUUUCAAUCCUUUAUUAAUUUUAGCAUUUAUUUAUUGUGUUAGAUUAUAAUAAUUCAGGUAACAGUCCUGUGUCACACGAAAGCUGGCAGGAAUGGGAAUCGUGAUUGUGCAUCGUUCGAAGAUGCGACCGAUGCACGACGGAUUCGUCUGGCGCGCGUAACGUUCCAAAGAAACGUACAAAGAUCUGAGCUUUACGUAAAGCUUUACUUCCGUCUUCUUCCGCAGCCAAUCUGUCUUCGGACACGGAGAAAGGCGUAACGAAGCAGUAUUAUAUAUUGUGAUCUCAUUUAAGCUGUAUCUUCUGUUUCGCAAGGAAUAUACCUGACGCCUGAUCCUUUAGCGUGUAUUAAAUUAUCGCGUCGCCGCAGCCGCCGCGCUUUACCAAUGUUUGCAUUUGUAGAAGAAGAGAUUACACAAGUCGAUUGAACUUACAUAAUUUCACUUUCGCCAACUAUAAAUGUACAAAUACCUCGUAUUGUAUUGAUAGUUACCGCCUCUCGCGUCUACAUCCCGGCGUCGACCGUCGGACGAGGGGCACUCAUAUGUGUGUACCUGCAGCCUACACUUCUGAAGGAAAUCUAUUUUCUGCAUAUAGUGUGCAUUAAUCAAAGACUUAUCUAAAAGUUCGCAGAUGUAAAGAAUCGAGAACUUGUAAAAGGAUCCGGAGAUCAGAUAUACUGUUAAUGUUAAGAGACUAAUAAUACACGAUAAGAUUUUCAUUAAUAAAAGUACAAGAUGGUAUCCCAAAUAUUAUGAUUUUACAAUAUUAUGAUUUAGAUAAUAGUUUUAUAUCACGUAUGUUAUUUUUGCUUCCCUCUUAAUAUUAAUGUUAAUUAUACGAUAUGAUGUUUUAUGCUAUCUCGCAGUUAUGUAUUUAUUAUUUGUGCCAUUAUGGAAGUACAAAAACAGCGAUUAUCAAUUGUGCAAAAAUAAAAUGUCUAACACAAUGCAUAAGUUUCGCAGGGUAUGCGAUGCAAAUAAAAUAUGUAUGCAUUAUUAAAA